ACAAUGUACAAAAAUUACUUGCUUGGAAACAAGAACGAGAUAUUUUACGUCGUAGUAUUCGUCCUGCAACAAAAUCACAAAAUCAUGAUACAGAAAGUAACAAUAAUCCUACUUUAAAACGUCGAUAUAUAUUUACAGAAGAUCAACGUCGUAGAUUGAAACAAAUAUUCGAAAGUGAACCUUAUCCAAGUCAAGCAAAAUUAGAACAACUUGUUGAUGAAUUAUCCUUGCCAAUGAACAAAAUAUCGAAUUGGUUUCAUAAUGCCCGAAUGAGAACUAAACCUAAUACGUAUACGAAAGAUACAAAUAAAAUAUCUUCGACGCCUUUAACUGAUAAUAAUGAUGACGAUGAUGGUGAUAAUGAUGAGGAUGAGAACGAUGAUGAUGAUGAAGAUAAUACUUUACCAACAAUUGUACCUUUAAAUAAUUCAUGGUUUAAUACGACAAAUGAUUCAGAUAGUUCGACUAGUCCAAUUAGUUUAGCAACAUCAUCAACAAAUAUUAUCUCUUUAAUCGACGAACAAAAGCCUACUCUCUCGAUAUCUACAUUUAGUUCAAGUAAACGAUUUCAUGAACUUGAUAAACGUUGUCGAGAUUUUGAAAAUGCAAAUAAUGAAUUAAAACAAUUGAAUAUUCAACUCGAAAAAGAUCUAUUAAGUGUUGGUGGUGUUACUGAAUUAUUUCGACGAGGACCUGAAGGACAAACAAGUGAUAGUAGUUCAAAUGAAACUAUAAUAAUUGAAGAUGUAUUAAAUCAAUCAUCGACAUCUCCAGCAUCAUUUAAGAAUUCGUUUUCACAUGUUUCAUCACGUGAUACAACAUCAGAUGAAGCAUUAACUGCUAUUGUUAUUAGUCAACGUGAACGAUUUCGUAUUCGUAAUGUUGAAUUAGAGAACGAAAAUGUUUCAUUAAAACAACAAACGAAUAUAUUUCAAAAUGAAAUGGAUAAACUUCGAUCGGACAAUAUAAAAUUAUAUGAAAAAAUUAAAUUCGUUCAGAAUUAUCCUGUAUGUAUUCAGUAAAAAAAACUUUUAUCCACUAAAAUUGAUUGAAAUCUUAUUUUAAUUAAAUGACAUAACAUCAGACACGUCCGCAGAAAUUUUUUCGGGGGGAUUGACGACUCUGCAGAAAAGUACAUCGUAGAAAAAGGUUAUUCCAAAUCUCUAAAAAUUGUUCGACUUGUACUCCCCUCCAGGUAUUUCAGUUUUUUUGCGGGGAGGGGGGAUCGAUCCCACCUCUGCGGACGUCCUUGCAUAACAUACCAAUCAAUAGUUUUAAGGAGAAUCUUUCUAAAUGAUAAGAUGAUUGAAAAUCAGAAACACUAUUAAUAUGAUAGCUAUGAGAUUCCUCUUAGAAUAAUAUAAUUGUA